AUGGAAGGAGUGAAUUUCAAAAGUUCAAAUCUGUCCUCCGCUGCUUCUCUUGGACCGGCGAUGUCAAUGGGAAGUGAAGCAAAUAAUGUUCGUUCUUCUCGAGUUUCAGACUUUGCAACCCUAGAGCAAUCUCUUGGGUUUCGCAUAGAAGAUGCUGUUGAUCUUAGCAGAAAUUCUAUCUUUAAUCAAUUAAAAUCUAGCAGCCAGGCAAUAGGUGCUGAUGUCCAGUUUGGCGCUUUAAAUAAGCCCCAUGCAUCUUCAGAUAUAAAUCUCUCAGCUGCCGUUUUGGGGUCCCAGGCAAUCCCAGUACAAAAAGAAGUGCAAAUAAAUCCAGUUUCUAUCCCCGGCAACCAUCCUGAGAAUUGGGGAGAGACCAGUAUGGCAGAAGCCAGUCCUAGAACUGAUACCUCAACUGAUGACACAGAUGAAAAAAAUCUAAGGUUUGAAAGAGGACAAUCAACUGCAAUAGUGGCAUCCGAUUCCAGUGACAAGUCAAAAGAAAAAGCAGGGGAUCAGAAGACAUUAAGAAGGCUUGCUCAAAAUCGUGAAGCUGCCAGAAAAAGCCGAUUGAGGAAAAAAGCAUAUGUACAACAGCUGGAGAGCAGCCGGCUGAAGCUGACCCAACUGGAGCAAGAGCUCCAGAGAGCCCGGCAACAGGGAAUUUUCAUAUCAAGCUCAGGAGACCAAACCCAUUCAAUGAGUGGAAAUUGUGCCUUGGCAUUUGAUGCAGAAUAUGCACGGUGGCUAGAAGAACAGAACAAGCACAUAAGUGAGCUGAGGGCUGCAGUCAAUUCACAUGCAGGAGAUACUGAACUUCGUGCCAUUGUCGACGAGGUUGCUGCACACUUCAAUGACGUUUUCAGGCUGAAAGGCACUGCCGCAAAAGCUGAUGUUUUCCACAUCUUAUCAGGCAUGUGGAAAACACCAGCAGAGCGUUGUUUCAUGUGGAUUGGUGGCUUUCGCUCAUCUGAACUCCUCAAGCUUCUUGCGAAGCAACUGGAGCCUCUGACGGAGCAGCAGUUAAUGGGCAUUUACAAAUUGCAGCAAUCUUCCCAACAGGCAGAAGAUGCUAUGUCACAAGGGAUGGAAGCACUGCAGCAAUCUCUGGCAGAAACCUUGGCUAAUGGCAACCCUGGCUCUUCAAGUUCAUCUGGGAAUGUGGCAAACUAUAUGGGUCAAAUGGCCAUGGCCAUGGGAAAGCUAGAAACUCUAGAGGGGUUCCUUCGUCAGGCUGAUAAUCUGAGGCAGCAAACACUAGAACAAAUGCACCGUAUACUGACAACUCGGCAAUCAGCCCGUGCACUUCUGGCCGUGCAUGACUAUUUCUCUAGGCUACGAGCCCUUAGUUCUCUCUGGUUGGCCCGACCGCAGGAAUGA